UCCGCCAUAAACGCACCCAAUAUGUGCUAGUAAUGUCCUGUUUGCCAGCUUGUUGACCCUCUGUGUUCCCCUCCUGCAGGGUUUAGGAGUCGUUGCUGUGGACGGAGAGACGUGAGUGGCCAUUGUGGGCGGCCAGGGUGCAGAGUGAGCCCCCACCCCAUCUGCUCGGUGUGUGGGCUGAGCUUCGAGGGGCUGAGCUUCGAUGGAGGACCACAUGACGGGGCACAACAAGGAGAAGCGUUAUGAGUGCGACGUGUGUGGCAAGGCCUGGCAGAGCCCGAGCGAGCUGGAGAUCCACCGGCGGGUGCACACGGGAGAACGCCCCUUCGACUGCUCGGAGUGCGGCAAGAGCUUCAAGACGGCGAAUGUCCUGAAAACCCACCGGCAGGUGCACACGGGCGAGAUGCCCUAUGGCUGCUCUACCUGCAGCAAGAGCUUUGCCCAGUUGUCGGGGCUGAGGAACCACCUGAGGGUGCACAGCAGUGAGCGGCCAUUCAGCUGCUCCGACUGCGGCAAAGGCUUCAAGUCGUCGCCAGAGCUGAAGCAGCACCGGUACAUCCACACCGGGGAGCGCCCCUACACCUGCACCCAGUGCGGCAACGGCUUCACCCAGUCCUGCAGCCUGCUGCAACACCAGCGCACCCACACCGGCGAGGGCCCCUUCACCUGCGCCCAGUGCGGCAAGGGCUUCACCUCCUCCGGCAACCUGCUGUCUCACCAGCGCAUCCACACCGAAGAGCGCCCCUUCACCUGCGUCCAGUGCGGCAAGGGCUUCACCUGCUCCUCCAAGCUGCUGUCCCACCAGCGGGUGCACACCGGCGACCGUCCCAUCCCCAACUCGGUAUGUGGAGAGCGUUUGCCAUGGCCUUCCAUGCCGUGCAUCACCAGCGCGUGGACACCAGUGGCCAGCCCUACGACUGCCCGCACUGCGGUGAGGUGUUUGACAGCUCGAGGGCGUUGCGGCAGCACUGGUGGACCCACGUCGGCGAGCAGCUGCUCCCACUAUGGCAAGAGAGCAUGGGGGCUGCUGGAGCACCAGUGGAUACACACCAGAAAGAGACCCUUUGUGUGCGCUGAGUGUAACAAGGGUUACAGCCGCAUGUUCAGCCUGUGGCAGCACUGGCGUACCCACAGUGGUGAGCGUCCCUUCACCUGCCCGGCAUGUGGGAAGGGCUUCACCCGCCUUGACCACCUGCUGGAGCACCGGCAAGUCCAAACCGGCCAGUUCCCCUGCACCUGCCGACUCUGUGGCAAGGCAUUUACCCGCUCCUCCAGCCAGCUGGCACACCGCCACGUGGAUAGAUAG